AUGCUCCAGGGUAUGAGCAGAAGCAAUCUGCUAGUGAAACUGAUUGUACUGGUUAUUACAUCUAAUAAUAAAUAACCAGUAUUUUCAUAGCCACAUUGCAUGCAAUGUCACAGGAACAAACAACUUGUUUUCAAAGGUUCGUCAGUAUAGGAAUGAUAUUUUUCACUCAAGCUGUAUGGAAUUAGAAGAAAGUGAGGCAAAUUCUUAUAUUGACGAUAUGAUAGGAGUUUUACAAGAUGGUAAGGAGCUAUUACAGCGAUCAGAUGCCCAGAUAGCGGUGAAGAAACUUCAAGAUUUGAAGAAGAAAGACUUCAUUAUUACAACUGAAGGGUUUGAAGAAAUUCUGAGACAAAUCAAGGAAGAAAUGGAAAAUGCUCCAACUAAAGAGGAAUAUGAGGAGCUCAAAAAUAAACUUGAAACACAGAUGUUCAAACUAAAAGAGGAGAUAAAAAGACUCAAAGUAGAAGAUUCUCCUAAACAAAAACAGCUAGAAUAUGAAAAGGCUAAAUCAGAAUGGCGGAAAGAGCUGAUAGAACAGUAUCACAAAACCCUGCUGCAGGUUCCUACAAUACCUUUACAACCAAAAAGUAAAAAAUGUAGCUUUAAUGAGAUUUAUAUUAGGCCCCAAAUUAUGAGGGAAAUGAAAGAAGAAAAGGGAGAGAAAAAGGAAGUGGAGGUUAAAACAAUGUCUGAAAUGUUCACAUAUAAUGGAGUUCCCCAAAAAUCUGUGUAUAUUCUAGGAGAUGCAGGGUCAGGAAAAACUAGUUUUUGUAAAUACCUGGUCAACUGUUGGUGUUUGGCACAUAGUGAGCAACAAGAAGCUAACAAUGAAAAUGAGGACCAUGGGGGUGGAAAUGAAAAACAUGGAGGUGACAAUGAAGAACAUGAAGGUGAUAAUGAAGAACAUGUAGGUGAAAAUGAAGAACAUGUUGGUGAUAAUGAAGAACAUGGAGGUGACAAUGAAGAACAUGAAGGUGAUAAUGAAGAACAUGUUGGUGAUAAUGAAGAACAUGGAGGUGACAAUGAAGAACAUGUAGGUGAUAAUGAAGAACAUGGAGGUGACAAUGAAGAACAUGUUGGUGAUAAUGAAGAACAUGAAGGUGAUAAUGAAGAACAUGUUGGUGAUAAUGAAGAACAUGGAGGUGACAAUGAAGAACAUGUAGGUGAUAAUGAAGAACAUGGAGGUGACAAUGAAGAACAUGGAGGUGAAAAUGAAGAACAUGUAGGUGAUUAUGAAGAACAUGGAGGUGACAAUGAAGAACAUGGAGGUGAAAAUGAAGAACACGUAGGUGAUAAUGAAGAACAUGGAGGUGAUAAUGAAAAUGAAGCUGACUAUAAAAAUGAGAAGCAUUGGGGCAGAAAUGAAAAACAUGGAGGCGACAAUGAAGAACAUGGAGGUGAAAAUGAAGAACAUGAAGGUGAUAUUGAAGAACAUGGGGUACAUAAUGUAAAUGAAGGGGGCAAUGAAAAUGAAGCUGACAAUAAAAAUGAGCAUGAGGGCCGAAAUGAAAAACAUGGACGUAAUAAUGAAGAACAUGGAGAUGAUAAUAAGAAACAUGAAAAUGAAAAAGAAAGUGAAGAUAGCCGUGGGAAAUAUAGAAAUGACGGUAAAAAUGAAGGUGGCAAUGACAAGCAUGGAGGUGACAAUGAAGAACAUGAAAAACAUGGAGGUGGCAAUCAAAAUGAAGGUGGUGAUGAGAAACAUAAAGAACAUGGAAGUGACAUUGUAAAUGAAGAGGUUAACAAGGAACGUGGAGGAGAUAUUGAAAAUGAAAAACACAUGGGUGGCAUUAAGAAACAUGGAAGUGACCGUGAUGACAUUCAGGGUGAAAGUAAUGACGUAGCAAACUCUGAAUUAUACAGUGAUGACUCUGAUGGUGACUUGACAGACUCUGAAUCCGACAGUGAUGACUAUGAAUAUGACAAUAAAAGUUAUGAACUUAAAUUCAAUGGUGUAAAAGAGCUGAAAAGAUUUGAUUUUUUAUUUUACAUCCCUCUUAGACAGUAUCAAAACAUUAACACUAUUGAUGAAAUGCUUCAACAACGUUAUCAAAUGAAAAUGUUAAACACACUUCUUGAAGAAGAAUCUUCUAGAGUUAUCAUUUUGCUUGAUGGCUUAGAUGAAUGGUCAUCUGAAAAUGUCCCAAAACAUAGCAUCUUUAAGAAGUACACAAUAGUAACUACUUCACGGCCAUGGAAAUUUCAUACAUUAAGAUCAAGUGAUGUGGAGAUUGAACAGUCACUGAAACUGAAUGGGUUUGAUUUUAGAUGUGAAAGAGAAAUGGUAUAUAGGACAGUCUCACAAUUAAAUGUUAGAAGUCAUGCUAAUAAAGAAGCUAGAGAUUGUAGGGAAAAGCUCGAAGAAGUGUCUCUGGAAAGUUUUAAACAGGUACCAAUUAUGCUGCAACAACUGAUAUGUCUAUGGUUUGAUGGUAAACUUGAUAAAACCUCAAGAUGUGCCAUCUACACCGGUAUGUUAGAAUUAUUCUUCACCUGGAAUGACAUGAAAAAUACAGGAACAAGUACUCGACUCAUGAAGGGUACCAAGAAAGUAAUCCUCCCUCAAUAUUUAGCAGAUAAAACCAAAUUAAGUUUAAACAGACAUUUCAUUUAUGAAAUGUCAGUGUUGGCUUAUGAGACACUAUUUAAUUGUCCUAAGAAUAAGUCCUUGUCAUUUGACAUUUGUAUGUUUGACGAACUAGAAAUAUCAGAUGAAGUAAGAGAAAAUUGCUUGAAACUUGGAUUAAUUACAGAAGAUGAAUGUUCAAGCUUGUCUGUAUCAGAACCACCAAGCUCAUUGUUCUCCUUUAUUCACAAAUCAAUGCAAGAAUUUCUGGCUGCAGUGUAUAUUGGUAUCAAUUUCAAUACAAAAAUUGAUUCAUCAGGUAGUACAGGAAAUGUUGAAUUAGCCAAAAAGUUUAUUAAUGAGGUGUUUCAGAAAUCUUCAACAGUAGAUGGCAUAUUAGAGCAGUCGAAUGUUGUCAUUAUGCUAUGUGGUCUAGAACCUAAAUUAGCAACACAUGUUUCUAAAUACAUAUAUGAAACUGUGUCAGAAGACUCUCAUGUUCAGGAAUACAGGAGAACAAUAAGAGAUAACAUUGAUAGUUAUCAUCGUUCUAUUACUGAUAUUCAAAAGCUUUUGUUUGAGGUAAUAGCAGAAUCAAAUGCAGCAUGUAGUCAAGGAAGUAAUUCUGUGUUUUAUAUAGGAGAUUUGACCAUUGAUAUAUUCAUUCAGUAUUGUGAUAUGAUUUGUUUAAGUAUUGAUCAGGAUCAAAUUGUUCCUGACUCUGUUCUGUCUAUUAAUGUGAAUUACUUGAACACAAAAAAUGUUAAAUUUACAAAAUAUUUACCAAUUUUUUAUCAUCUGGAAAAAAUUGCAAUAACAUUAGAAAGUUUAUCAAGUACACAAAGUGAUGGUACACAGAGUAAUGAACAGAUGAUUGAUGAGAUUAACAAUUGUGUUUCUGAGACAAUAAAAGUAAAUACUUUAACAUUAAAAUCUCUGUCUCUUGAUAAUGUCAUUGACACUGACAUAUAUUACCCAGUGUGUAAAACAGUUGUUAGCAACCUACCUAGUAUGGUCAAUCUUGUAGCAAUAAGAAUGAGUUGUAUAACAAUGAGUCAUGAUGAUACUACUACAUUCUGUAAUUUUCUUGAGGGAACCAGUCAUCUUGAACAAAUACAUCUUAGCUAUGUUGAUUGUGAGUGUCAUAACCAGCAUGAUGUUAAUUUAUCAAAACAUCAACAACUUCAUUACCUUGAUUUGAAUUAUACUGUUAGAGUGAUAGAUGUUGAUACUACAAACCUUGAAAUAUUUAGAUUUAGUGAGUUGAAAGAUAGUAAUUAUGAGAAAAUAUUUGAUAUUAUUAAAAAAUCUUACAAAUUAAAAGAACUUGUUUUGUAUGGAGAUAUGUUCAGUAAAUCUCAAUUAUUUCAUGCCAACAUAACAGAGAGACUAGUCAGAGUAUUACCAUUGUUACACAAUCUCAGUAAGCUUGAGUUAGGGUAUUGUAGGUUUACUGACAAUAUAAUACAGUUACCUUUAGAGAUGAAGAGUUUAAAGGACAUUAAGCUUGUUCUGUGUAAUAAUGAGUUUGACAACAUGGCAGAAGUUUGUUGAUAGUCUUCCUAGUAUUCCCCAUACUGUAGAUGUGAGUGUAAAGUUCUGUUAUAUAACAGGAGAUGGUGAGGAGUGUAAUGAUGGUAUGUUAACAUUGACAUCACAAGGACUUAAAGGAGGGAAGGGAAAUGAUGCUAUACAGUAUGUAAAAGAUCAGAAUCAGUUAUUUCAUGUUAAACGUGAUGAUGGAAUAUUCUUUAAUUUUUCAACAAGAAGGUGAGAUACAUGUAAUUUACAUGUUAAGCAUGAUGAUUACUUUUGGUUUGAAUUUUCAACAAAAAAGUGAUAAAGUAUACAUGUAGUUAACUUAGUGUUUAAACUUAAUUAGUCCAUGCUAAAAGUGAUGAUAAAUGUGGUGGUUUUUUUUUCAUUUUCUACAAAAAAUGGUUUGAAUUUUUAACAGUGAUAUAGGAUACUUGCAGUUAACAUAGUGUUUUAACUGAAUUAUUUUAUGUUAAAAGGACAUGAAUUUGUUUCUUUAUUUUCAUAAAAAAAUGAUACUAAUGACAAGUUAAAUAUUUACAUAUUGUUGUAAAGUUAAAGAAUGAAUAUAAUGCAUUAUGAUAGAAUAUAAAUCAUGCAAAAUAUUAAGUUGUUUAAUAUUGAUUUCUGGUCAUUUUAACAAAAUGCAUUUAUAAUAUUGAAAUUGAAGAAAAUAACAUUCAAAUUGUGUUUAUGAAUAAAUAAAUGAAAAGAAAUGCAGUGAAAUAUUAUAGAUAUAUUGAUCUUAGUAAGGGUAAAGGUUAUUUUUUUUUAAAGAUCAGGUAUAGUUUGUGAAAAAAAACUGAUUUGAAAAAAGUAAUGUUCUAAUUAUAAAUACAAAAUAGAUAUGUAAAUAAGUGUAUAAAUAAUUAAUAAGUAAAUUUAAUAGAAAUAUCAUAAAACAAAUGUUUAAUGUACAAGGUCAGAAAAAGAAAAAGAUUAAUGUAACAUGCAAAUACAAGUUAUAUGAUAUAUAAGACAAGGGGAUAGUAUAUAUAAAUACCAGUUUUGGAAUAUAUAGGACAGGAAAAUGGUAUAAAAAUACAAGUUAUAUGAAAUAUAGGAAAAGGGAAUGGUAUAAAAAAAUACCAGUUAUUUGAUAUAUUGGACUAGGGAUUGGUAUAUAAAUGAAUACUGGUUAUAUGAUAUAAAGGACAAGAGAAUGGUAUAAUAUAUAAAUACCAAUAAUAUAACAAGGGAGUGGUAUAUAUGAGUAUCAGUUAUAUGAUAUACAGGACAUUUGAAUGGUAUAUAUGAAUACCAGUUUUAUGAAAUAUAAGAUAGGGGAAUAGUUUAUAUAAAUUACAGUGAUUUUGUGCAUACCAGUUAAUAUAUGAUAUAUUUGACAAGGGAAUGGUAUAUGUUAAUACCAGGUAUAUGGAUGCAAAAGUGAAUGUUCUGUAAAAAUACUAGUUAUAUGAAUGUAGAAGUGAAUAUUUUGUAAAAAUACUAGAAAUAUGAAUGUAAAAGUGAAUGUUCUGUAAAAAUACUAGUUAUAUGAAUGUAGAAGUUAAUAUUCUGUAAAAAUACUAGUUAUAUGAAUGUAAAAGUGAAUGUUCUGUAAAAAUACCAUUUAUAUGAUAUAUAUGACAAGGAUAUGGUAUAUAUAAAUACCAGUGAUAUGAUAUACAGGACAGGGGAACAGUAUAUUUUAUUACCAUUGAUAUGAUAUAUACUAAUUUUGAUUAUAUGACAUAUAUAAUAAGUAAAUGGUAUAUAUAUUUUUUCAAUAAGAUGAGAAAUGUUUACUUGUUUUAUUUUAGUGAUUCCUUUAUGAUUUGUUUUACAUUGUAAAUAUGGAAAAAAAUAUAUUUUCUAAUAAUAAUGCAAAACUAUUGAUGUGUACAAGUUUAUUCAGUUAGUUAGUAUAACUCAGAUUAGUGAAAGGGACUCCACUGAGAUUUUUUUGACAAGAUAUGAUGGGAAUUCUAUUUUCAAGGUUUCAUACUAUUUGAUAAAAAUCUAUUUCAAUAACUUUUGUGCAAAAUUUCAGAUCAUUUGCUCACAUUGCUUAUCUAAAAUACUAGUAAUCAUUUAAGCUGGACUACUUAAAGAAUAGGGAGAGCUUUAAUUUAGUAACACAAGACUUAGUGUAUAAUUGGCAUCACACUGGUUGAAUUUCUGCAUGCAAGUUAGUAUCUAAAAUUACUGAAGUGAAGGAAAUGGGUUGAGAUGCUUGUUUUAUUCGGUCAUCUAACAUGAUGAACACAACUCAUGUAACUCUGAUUUGCCUCAUUGCAUAUUUAUGCGCCCUUUUCGACCUUGAAAUUCAUGGAUAAGUUUUUGCGUGUAUGCUGGUAUCUUCAUAACUACAGAUUGGAACUUCAGGCACAUAUUUGAGUGCAUAAUAGGUCACUGUCCAAGGAACAUUUCUAAGACAUGGAUUUUGACAGAAUUAUUGCCCUUUAUUCUUCAUAAGAUGAUAGAUCUUAUUUAAAAGAAAUGCAGUGCUUAAGAACUAGUACCCUGUUCUUCUUAUCUUUUGAGUUAUUGCCCUUUGUUAAUUCACAUAUUCACAUAGAUCAUUUCUCCUAAACUAUAAAAGCUAUUGACUUAAAACUUCAUAGGUUUAUAGAUAUCAUUGAGAAGAAGUGCAUUGCACAAGAACCGGUACUCUGUACUCAAAGGUUUUUGAGUUAUUGCCCUUUGUUAAUUUUCAUACUUAAUAGGCUUGUCCAGAGCAUAACUUGGUCUUUUUAAGUUUGAUUGACACCAAAUUUAGUAUGUAAGACCUUUUCCACUGACCUGCAGUGCAU